AUCAAGAAUAGAUUGAAGAGAGGAGACAACAAGGCUAGUGUCAAUUAUUGCAACAGUGAGAAAAAAAAUGAGAGAAAGAUUUGGUGUUCUGAAAAAGAAGCUUGAUUAAGGAAUGAAGAGGAAUAGAAAUAGAGAAAUAAAAAGAGGUUGGUUGGAUGGAGCAAGUGUACAAGGUAAGUUUGAUUGUUCAUUCGGUGGAAGGGCAGGGAUGGAGCAAUUUAUGGACCCAGGUUUUCACUCCAAAAAGCGCCAUUUCCCUGCAUUGAGAGAUCCCAGUUCCUGAUGUCGGACGUUAGCACUAUAUUUGUAUCGCUACAUACUCCUCCAACCAAUCUUUAUAUCUCAAUCUCAAUUAAGUAUGAAAAUCUUCUCUUUGUUUGUUUCUUACGAAUUACUUGAUAUUUUGCUAGUCUUGGCAACGACUACGAGUCUCUGAAAUCAAAUUCCUUUGAUUUCAGCUUUCGCUAUUCUUGCCUGUUAUGUGUUUGUCAUAAGUUCUCAACUAGGAGACUAUAAAAAGCUACUUCAAAAUGCCGAUUCUCACCCUCAAAACCAUAUUAAAACACCAAAAUCCGUGUCGGGUCAUUGGUAGUCGAUUCAAAACAUCUUCUGUCCAGUAUGUAGCUUCAAGAUUUAGGGACCCUACGUUUGAGAAACUGAUGGACAAAUACAAAAACCUUCUCAAAGUAAUUGCAAUACAAGAUCUUAUCCUCGCAAAUCCCACCCAUAACCCUCCUUCCGUCUCCCUUGAUUUCCUUUCUAGGCUUUCUCAAAAGCUACAUUUAAACCGUGGUGCUGCUUCUUUUCUCCGUAAAUACCCUCAUAUUUUCCACAUUUUCUAUGAUCCCAAUAAGUUCCGGACUUUCUGUAGAUUGACUGAUGCUGCUAUGCGUGUUUCCCGACAAGAGGCAGAAGCUAUCAAUGCUUCUUUGGAUGUUGUUGUUGACCGUUUAGUUAGGCUUUUGUCAAUGUCGACAACUAAAUCGUUGCCUCUCCGUGCUGUUUUCAAAGUUUGGAGGGAACUUGGGUUGCCUGAUGAUUUUGAGGACUCAAUCAUAUCUCGAAAUUCUCACAUAUUCAAGCUUGUUGAUGCUCAUGAACCUAAUACUCAUAUUUUGACGCUGACUGAUGAAAUGCGUGAUAAGAGUUUUGUAGCUUGUGUUGAGAAUUGGCGAGUUAUGGAGUGCUGUAGGGAAAACUGCGCCGUUGAUAGAACCGAAAUUCGGUGUAGUUUUAAACAUAGCUAUCCACCAGGGAUGAGGUUGGUCAGGGAUUUCAAGGCAAAGGUUAAGGAAUGGCAAAGGUUGCCAUAUGUAGGGCCUUAUGAGGAGAUGGGAGAAAAGAAGAGGUCUAAGGCAGGAAUAAUGGGAUUAGAAAAACGGGCAGUGGCCAUAGUACAUGAGUUCUUGAGCUUGACAGUGGAGCGGAUGGUGGAGGUGGAGAAGAUUAGCCAUUUUAGGAAAUCAUUCGCCAUUGAUUUGAACAUAAGGGAUUUGUUCCUGGACCAUCCGGGGAUGUUUUAUUUGUCAACCAAGGGAAAAAGACACACUGUUUUUCUGAGAGAAGGAUAUGAAAGGGGGUGUUUGAUUGACCCAAAUCCAGUUUAUAAUGCAAGGAGAAAACUUCUAGAUCUUGUCGUGCUGGGACGCCAUGCCAUGUUAAUCAACAAUGAAUCAAGAUGGAGUUGAAAAAUAUGGGAGAAUGUUUGCGAGGUUAUGGCAGUUUUUUUGGUCAAGGAAGGAACUAGGAUUCAUUCAAAGUUUUACAGACUGUUGGAUACAUAGGUAUUCUCUGAGAAUUCGCAGCAAUCAAAGAGUCCGGGGGAGAAAUAAAAUUAAAAGCAUGUGAGGUUGAAAGUUAGUCCGAAAUCCAGCAUUUUUUCUGUAUUAGCUCGCUUCCUGCAUAAUGUUCCUUCCCUGUGUGAAAGCGUCUUGAAAAUGAGUAGUCCAGUGGCUGCUGUCCUUCGGGUAUUAAAGUGAUGUCAAGAAAUUUAAACAAGACCACAAUAUCUCAAUAAUAAUGCUGAUAGAAGAAACUCCAUUUGGCAUCGAAUCCCCGGUGCUGGGUAGUGUUGCUCUGAAUCACCAAUUGCUGGUUCAUCAUAGAUGCAAAUGCUCCUGCUCCUCUAUAUCCUCAACUUGACUCCUAAUUUUCACCGCGCGCUACUUUCUGCUCCACUUUAACUCUUCCUUUACUCUUCGUUUUAUGUAGUACAUCACCAAUCCGGCAUAAGAUUGCGAGGCCUUUGCAAUGGUUAUGAUCCGCGGCAGAUGUAAGAGUCAAGGCUUUGGAAAUUGCUGAAGACCAUGUCGAUUAGUAAAAGAAAAAAGCUCCAUCCAGUCCACCUGUGGGUUAUUGGAAGGAAUUUCCACUAAUCUACGUUACAAUAUGGAAACCCGAAACUUAAACAAAAUUAAAUUGAUUUUCGGUAAUAAUCAAUUUUUACAUUUACACA